AGGUGUGGCCCUGGAUACUACAGAGAGAGGACAUGGCCUCAUGGGGGCCAGUGCGUACCCUGCAACUGUAACGGCUUGUCUAAUGAAUGUGACGAGCAAACAGGGAGAUGUCUGGUGGGUUUCUCUCUCUGUGUCUAUCGAUCUAACCCUCUGUCACUCUCUCUUUUACACACACGCACACAUCCCACACAUGGGGGGGGGGGGGAGUUAUUUUUCUACGCUCUGCUGACGAGUAUUUUUCUCCGCUCAUACAGGAGUUGUGAAGGCCUAGUGCACUAAUUUGGUGAGAUUAUUAUUGUAAUAAUUUUUUGUGUUAAUACUAAAAUAAAAUAAAAAAGGGAUUUAUCAGGGGUGUUGCAGCACCCUCAGCACCCUCAAUUCCCGCGGCUAUGGUCCCACUGGGCAAAAACGGGUUGAAUCAACUUUGUUUCCACGCCAUUUCAACAACAGAAUUCAAUGUGAUGACGUUGAAUCAACAUGGAAAACUGAUUGGAUUUUCAAAAAGUAAUCAAUGUAAGGGAAUUUAGUCUUUUUUUCACCCACCUUUUAACCUAAAUCCAAUGACAUGGUGAAUUUUUUUGUUGAUAUCACAUUGAAUUCACGUUAGUUGACAACUCAACCAAAUGUAAAUCAAAACUAGAACUAGAAAUUAUGUCUGUGCCCAGUGGGGUACAUACGCACACACACAUUGCAGGAUAGGUUACUCCUGACUCACCAGUUAGGUAAACAUAUGCACUUUUUCCAACCCUUGCUGAUCCAGAUGGAUAUAAGUCAUAUCCACAGAUUCGUUUUUAUGCCAGACUUGAUUAACUCUCAGUACUGUGCUAUGAUAUCAUGAACCAUACCACCAACAUUCCACAAACCUGCUUCAGUCAUAAACAGAGAGAACACUUUAUUUUCCAGAACUGUCAGUACAAUGCUGAUGGGGAUCGAUGUGAGCGCUGCAAGGAGGGUUACUACGGCAAUGCUUCCCAAAAGACCUGUCGUGGGUGUCCAUGUCCCUUCAUAGCCAACAAGUCAGUUUCUAUAUGUCCAUACACUCUGUUAAUGUACCGGGAGCUAUGUGAACAUACUUGGUUUUAAGUUCCCCAGAUCAAAUAUUGGAUGAAAACAUAUCAUUACCAUUUGGUACUCAAAAGCUGUGUUUUUCUCUUUGUGUAGUUUUGCAGUAGCCUGUCUGGACAUUGGUGCAUCUGAAAUCGAAUGUUUGUGCAAACCUGGCUACACUGGAACCAGAUGUGAGAGGUGUGUGUAUGUGCUUUUUGCAGUACAUAUCAAAAUGUCAAUGUCAUCUUACCAUAAACACAUUUAUAACAAAAGUCUAACUUUCCUCUCCUCUUCCUCCUCCAAUCUGGCAGGUGUGCUCCUGAUUACUAUGGUAACCCAAUGAUAUAUGGAGGCAGGUGCCAGCGAUGCCACUGUGAUGCUACCAGUACCUGUGACCAUCUGACUGGAAGUAAGCUCAGGACCCACUUCAGCCGUAAAAUAAUAGAAAUGUUUUAACAGGAUGCCUGCUAUAUAAUGAUAAAGCUAUAGGCUAUAGAUUGAAGAAAUACCAGCAUGAAAUAUCAUGUUGAUAAUAGUUUGUCUCAUUGUAGAUUUGGUAUAACUGUUGCUCACUUUGUGUCUUCUGUCUCUAGAAUGUAAGAAGCCUGAUGAUCCCAGCACAGGCGACCAAUGCAAAGGUUUGUGAAGCACACAGUCAUACACUUUCUCAGUGUAUAGUGAGCUAUUAUCUGUUGUUGCCAGCAUGAUUCACACUGCAUUUCCUCUCAUCCUAUUAGACCUAACUAAAUGAUCUGCUCUUCCUCUCUUUGUGGUCAGAGUGUGACAGCUGUACUCAGGCCUUACUGAAUGAUUUGGAAAAGAUGGAUGAUGGGCUGGAAAUGCUAAGGCAGCAGCUUCAGGUCAUUGGUUCCAACAGCUCACCAGCCGACCUUAACCAGCUGGAAGGUGCCAUCAAUGAAACAAAGGUAAUUAAACACUGUCUUACUGAUGUGCUCUAUAUAUUUGAACACCAAAUGGUGUAUAAUGUACACAAUUGAACAUGAUGAUCACUCCCCUCUGGUAUUCUCUUACAGGCUCUGGUUGAAAGGUACAGCACUACUGUGGAUGCUCAGGGGCCAAAGGUCAAUCAGCUGGAAGCAGAUGUUCUGAGUCUGGAUCAGGACAUAAGCCUACUGGAAGACAAGGUGCCUGAGGCCUGCUAUCCAUAAUCAGAUGUCAGAUGUAAUCCAUUAUUUUCUAGAAACACUAUAUCCUUUUUACUUGUGUGAUCGUACUCUCUCUAGGCAAGUUACUCUCUCUCAGAUGCUGAGAAUGUCUUGGUGAAAGUGAUCCAAACCAAACAGAGAGCUGAGGAUCUUAUCCCUGAAGCUCAAGAUCUUCUAGUGAAUAUAGAAGGUAAACUGUUAUUGAAAGUGUUUAAAUAUCAUAAUAUAAUGAUACGUCAUUGUCAUGAUAAUCCCCACAUCUCUUUUUGCACUCUCAGAUCUCCUUCGAUCGCUGAGUGAGGCUAACUCUAAUGUAACCAACAUCACUGUGGUGGCAGAGGAGGUAGCCAGGAUGAUGAAGGAGGUGCAGUGCAUGGUGCAGGAGAUGAGACAGCUUGGCUGUAGUAACCAGACAGAGAAGGCUGCCAGGGAGCAAGAGGAUGCUCACAAACGUGAGACAGGGGGCUUUUGGCUUAGUCUACAGUCACUUACAGUACAGGGCAGCACUUAAAUUAUCUCACUAUUGAAUAAUAAAUGUUAUACAUCAAUGUGACACACAUUUUUGACUUAAUCAUUGUGAAUGGUAGAUAUGACUCACAAUGCAAAGUGUAAUGCAUGUGUCUCUCUUAGUCUUGGACUUCAUCAGGAACAAUAUGACAGCUCCAUUAGAUGACAAUCAGGCUGUAGCCAAUGAGACGGCAGAGUCCCUGAUGACGUCGGGCUCUGUGUUUAGGGAUCUGGCCAAGGCUGUGGCAGAAGCAGACGAUAUGGUUAACAGGACACGGAGACUCAACUCCAACAGUACUGACUUCCUAAGAGACCUGAUGGUAAUGUCAAACACUGAAGUAUAACAUCUAUUAAAUAUGUUGGAGAUCUCAGAUACAACACAAAAAAUGUAUCUCCUUUUUCUCAACAUGACAAAUACCAAAUCAUGUCUCAAGUUUCUGUGUUUGACUGAGGUAAUCACUGCUCUCUCUAUAUAUAUACAUUUUCUAGAAACUAAGAGAUGAGCUGGAGAGGAAACAUGAUUCAAUCCUUCCUGAAAUGAAUAUGGCCAAACAUAAACUGAAGAAUAUCACAAGCCUUUUGGAAAUGCUGAAGGAGAUCAAAAAGGUAUGAAGCAGAUGAAUUCCAAUCGUUUCCAGUGGAAAUUCCUAUUUCUCUUGUUUUGAAGGAGGCAUUCAAAAUAUCAUUUAAAUCUUUCAGGAAUACGAGCACCUUGCAGCCGAGAUAGAUGGAGCCAAGCCCAAUCUAACCAAGAGGCUGAAUGAUAUCGCUGAAGCAAAGCAGAAGGAGGGCAUUGUCAUCAUGGCAGAGGAGCAUGCUGAGGAGCUACACAGACUGGCAAUGGAACUACAAAUGUAGGUUGACAGAGUAAGGUCGUUAGGUUGGGGUCCUACUUCUUUAUACCCCACAGACGUGUCCUAGGUUGAGACCUUUGUGUGUUUGUGUCUGUAUGGGCUAGUAUGGGCCACUGUAAGUGCUGUAUUCCUUGUUAUUGCAGGGCAGUACACAAUGCCACCAACAGCUCUGACCUGCAGCAUGCUGCAGAAAGCGUGGGAGCCUACAGCAGCAUCAUAAAAGCCAUUGAAGAGGCAGAGAUGGCGGCCAAUCAAUCCAAAGAGGCAGCCGACAAAGCUCUGAAGGUGAUUAUUAUACUGGUCUGGAUGCUACAGCCACAAUGAACUUUAAAUUCACAAUGACAUCCCGUAACUUUGAUGUGUUUUAGGAUGUGGAGGAGCAAGGACUGACCAACAGGUCUGAGGAACUAAAGCAUAAUGCAAGUAGCUUACUGACAGAGGCCAUGAAUGCUGAGAAGGACCUCAGAGGUGUAGUAAUCAUCCUAAUAUUUGCUUUUCUAACGACACUAAAGCUACAUUAGAAACAAGAAUGUAUCAUGUUAUUGACUCAUUCUCAAACCUUCCAGGACAUUAUAUGAGGCAAAGGCUUUGUUUUACGAUGUUGAAGAAAGCUAUGCACUUUGAACUUGUUAACGGAUUUGUUGGAGGCCAAAACAGACUGCAGUAUACUGUAUGCCCUCGAUAAAACACAUUACAGUGUCUCCUUCUGAUAUCUCCUUCUGAUAUUAUCUUAUUGUAUAUUACCACUUAUCCCCAACGUUUCUUUUACACACAGAGACCUCAGCCAAAGUUGACAGUGACAAGCAACGUGUUGGUCAGACCAAGAACAAAAGAGACAUGCUGAGAAAAGAUGCUCUUGCAGUUACAGAGAAUCUUAAAGAGAUUCAAAGAGGUUUGUGUACACAAGAUGAAAGAUGAGGCUUGAGUUUUAAUGAUGCCAUGGAAUUGAUGAGAAUGACAGUUUACACAUUCUGUGCCACAACAUGACCAUACUUAUGUUAUUCACGCACACUAUUUGUUUGUGUUUCAGAUGGCAUUGUGCAGCUCAUAGACUCUGCCAAAGCAGCUGUCACCGCUGCCAAUAACACAGUCAAUGAUGUAACAGACAGACUAAAUAAUAUCAGCCUGGGACAUAUAAGGCUUCCUAAUGUCAGUUCAAACAUUGGCAGUGUGCUCAAUGAGGCUGGCAAUGAAUGUAAGUACUCAUGUCACACACACACAGUAAGUCUGUCCUGUCAUCCUUCCUCUAAUUAUAAUCUCAAUUCUGCCUCUACUCUUUAAAUUAAAGAGUAGACUUCAGAUUCUUUAAUUCAAUUUGAGUUAAUGUUACAAAAGGGAAAGUGAAAAGAAAGUAGUUGGUUGGAGCUGUUUUUAUUUCUCUCCUGACUGGUACAGUGAAGAAAUUGAACGAGACAUGGCCUACUUUGGAAGACACCCUCAGCUGGGUGCAAAACCUGAGCUCCCAGGCUCCACCUAGUGUCAGUAUGACAGACAGCAUCAGGAGAAUCAAGGACGUGAUAGAGGAGGCCAGAGACAUUGUCAAAAGAGUGAGACACCACAUCUGACCUAAAAUACUAUUGAUUGUUCAUUCUAUUUUGAUCGUUUUCCUGUGAACCUUUGUCCUUACAUUUUGUCCUUUCUUGACCAAACGUGAUCACUCCAACCAUUACACUAUUUUUCUUGAGUCUUUCUGUCUGUCUGUAUAUGGCUGUCUCUGUCAUAUUGAAUGUCCAUUAUUCCUCUCCUGGUGUGUCUCCCCAGCUCUCUAUCGGCAUGACCUUCAAUGGGAAGGGUCACAUUGAGCUCCGCCCCCCCACCAAUGUUGAGGAUUUGAAGGCGUUUACAGCCGCUGAACUUCUUCUCAACCGCCAGGAGACCAAUCCCACUAGGGGCCGCAGCCGUAGGCGCAGACAGAACACACAGGAUGACAGAAACCUCUUUGUGCUCUAUCUCGGCAACGAGGACGUAAGUGGGCCAUCUGAGUAAAUAAUGUAGUCAUAAUAUCGUAGAGCAUUAAUCUUGGAAUUUCAAUUGAUUCCAUAACUAUUUUGAUACAUUUUGUAUCGGAGAUGCUCAGUAUUUGUUUACUUUUCAUUUAUGGCUUGUUUCCCCCCUUCCAGUCAUCGAAAGACUUCAUUGGAAUGGCUUUAAAGAAUAACACACUCCGCUGUGUAUACAAGCUGGGUGGAGUCGUACAUGAGUUGAACACCGACCACAUAACCAGAACCAAAGUGAACUCCACUGUUUUUGACAAGGUCGUCUUUAACAGGUACACCUCUGAGGAAUCAUUCUGGAUUUGAUACUAACUUGAUGACAUGAGACAGUUUGUUCAUGAUGGAAACAGCUCCCUUGUAAUCCCCACUGUGUUUGCCUCCUAUUUCUCUAGAGUUUACCAAGAUGCUGAGGUCAGUCUCACACAUAGCUUUCCAUCACAGCCUGUCAAAGCGUUUAAGGAGAGUUGCCGGCCCAACACGACAGUUGGCCUCCUCAACCUGGACACGAACAGUGUAGUCUUCUACGUGGGCGGCUAUCCUGACGACUUCACUGUAAUUACAUUCCUCUAUCCUUUUGCCUCCCAGGUGCUCUGUGCUUUUGCAUCAUCCUCAUUGUUGAACACAGAAGUAUACUGUAAACAUCAGCAGGACCAGACCAGUCUUAUUCUCCCUAUUCAAGUAUUGUUUUAUUUCACUAUGCCCUUCUCUCAUUAGCCUCCAGUGGAGCUGCGCUACCCCAAGUACCGUGGAGCCAUCAAACUGUCUACUAUCAACUAUCAAUUCUUUAGUCUGUACAACUUCAAGAAUGCCAUCAACGUAGACAAACAGUCAUUAAUAAAGUAAGAACCAACAAAAGUGACCACCACCUUGAUUAUAAAUCUAUUAUACCAUACUGUACGUAAUGGUGAAUGCUGUCCACAUUUUCUAAUUUUGCCUGUUAUGCUUUGUACCAUGACUAUAUAUAGAAACCCUUCCUGCUUCAGUGUCAGAAUGUAUCAUGCAAUUCCUUCCUUCUUUCAGGGUUAUGGUUAGUCAACAGUCAACAGUGCCUUAUUAUUUUGACGGCACUGGUUACGGUUUGGUUACAGCUAAUAAAGACCUUGAAAUCCUGAGAAGAAGACUUCUCAAGUUCCACACAAACAGCCAGGUGGAGAAUGCAUUACUGUUUUAUAAUGGAAAUAAGGUAUGUAUAUUUGUCUAUUCGUAUAUCUGAUAUCAGUUAAAAUUAUUAAUUCAGAAUCACAAACAGAAACCAUUGAAUAAUUAGUAUGUGCAAAUGAAUUAAAUAUCUGGUUUACACUGGAAGUUGUGUAAUCAAUCAAGCUUACAAUUUCAUCAAGUAGAUACAGGAACAUCAAUGUAUUGCAGUUGGACAUGAAUAGAUGUAGUCCUUAUUGAGAUUUUAUGUUUGGUGUGUGUAGAGCAAUGUCUUCAUAAAUAUGUUGCUGCAUUCACUUGUUUGUUGUAUUUCACAGGAUUCGUACACUAGUGUUACUGUGGAGAGAGGUUAUCUUGUGCUGCAGGGAAGACAAGGCACCCAAGUCCUCAAUGUCAAGAGUACUAGAAAGGUUUCACUCAAUGUAAGAUAGUGUCAGGGACUUACUGUACGGUUUAGUUUUGUCUGCAUAAACUUUUUUUUAAAGUUCUGCUUUCUCUCUUAGAAUGUACAAUUUAUAAUAGUCAUGGACAAAACAUUUGAAGUUCAUGUUGUACAUGGAGAUACAACUGAGAUUGUCAAAAUGAAUUACAACAUAGAAAGUUUCAAGAAUUUCUACAUUGGGGGUCUACCAGCAUCAUUAAGAGAAAGGUACAAAACUUUGUGAAUAGGCUUUCUGCCAUAACCUCUUGCAAGGGAUACAUGCAUUUUCCUGGAAUGUUCUCUCAAUUAUACAAUUAUCCAUGUCAUGCUUUUUCCUUCAGAGAUAACGUCACAGCCCCUCCAUUCAGAGGAUGUAUAGAUAAUGUGAUUUUAUCACCUGAGGAGAUUGAGUUUAACACGACAAUUGGUGUCAGUGUUGGAUGCCCAACCUCACUUUUGGUAAACCGUCUCUCAUAAAUUGCCACACCAUUUUGUAAAUGCAUUUCAGACUGCACAAUGUGGAGGAUGAGUUUAUACAUUUUCGAGUACAAUGUGUUUUCUUUUCAGGGUGUUCAUGAGGCUACUUUCCACCCUGGUGGCUCCCUCUCAGUGGACUCUCAGGGUUUCUGGACCACCCCUGUGGACAUGGUUUCUCUGGGGUUCAGGAGCAUGGAGAAUGGAAGUGAUCUUCUCAGGACCAGCAAAGAGGUCAGUCCACUAUUCAAUAAUGGUUGAAGAUUCUCUCUCAGAGAGCCUCAUCCAAAGGCUGCUCUCUGUGUGUCAUAUUUUAACCUCAAGCACUAGCAAGAGGAUCAAAAUUAGUUAUCAAAAUGAAAUGAACAGUUUUGUUUUAGAAUUAAACACUUUUUGUAAACACUGUCAUUACACCAUUUCUUUAUUGAUCAGCAUCAUGGAUUCCAGCUCUCAUUGGUUGAUGGCUAUGUGGUGUUUACCUUUGAUGAAAAUGCCUUGAAGUCUACCAAGACAUACAAUGAUGGAAGAUGGCACUACUUGACUGCAUUAAGGAAUGGCACACGGUAAGACAUUUUUAUUUUCAUUGGUCAAGCUGUGCUGAGAUGUUUCUUAUCUGAAACUCUGAAAUUGCAAUAAACUCUACAAUGUUAUCCACACACCCACCGACAGACAUAACAAAAGCACUGUGGUUUCCUCAGAUUGGAGUUGAGGGUUGACAACGGGGACUUGGGCCAGCGUCAAUCCUCUCCCCAAGUCAAGCCCAAUGAACAGCAGGUUGUGUUGGGAGGAGAGACCUUCAGGGGCUGCCUGGCUAACCUUCAUAUCAGGAGGUCUGAUUCAAAGGCUCUUAUUCUAGAUUAAAACAUUGCUUUCUGAAAAGUGCUACAUGAUGCUAUAGUCACACUAUAGUUACAAUAUAGUUAUAACAGUAAAAAGAAUUAAAAACCAAACUUCUAUGAGGUGACAUUAUGAUUCAACAUUGUGGUCGUUCCAAUUCAUGACAAUUUGAGGAAAAAUGUACUUACUACGACUGAGAUAUGUGGUUGUCUCACCUAGCUAGGUUAAGAUCAAUGCACAGACUGUAAGUCACUCUGGAUAAGAGCGUCUGCUAAAUGACAAAAAUGUAAAAAAUAUAUAUAUAUUAAAGUCAAUGUGUUUCAAUGAUUAUUAGCUACAGUGUGUUCUCUAAUGAAUUAAGUCAGUUGUAGAAAGUAAAAAUAACUGAUGAUGUGCUUUUUGUCAUUCUAUCUGUUUGUGCUCUGACACAGGCCUGAAGAAAGCUUUAUUCCUGCUGACUUCAGCUCGUUCACCCAGAAGGGAGAUGUAAUCCUGGGGAUGUGCAGACUACAGCCCCCUCCUCAGGUCAUAUGGGAGCCAGCAGGCAUUCAAGAGAGGCCCAAGAAACCCAAACCAGUGAGCAUAGGGAUAUUUCCCAAAGUUGAUUCAAGCAUAUGAUAACCAUCAGGCUAUUCAUGGUCAAAGUGUGCAGUAAGGGAUAUGUUGGCUCUUUUCAUUUUCCUGAAAAGUUUUAGGCUCUCACUCAAGCGACAGGGAUGUAACUUUGGUUUGGUCUUCCAGCACAAAUGUCUAAAAUAGCCAAGAGAUAACUAGAGCACAAAAUAAAAAUUUCUCAGAAAUAUUUUACAGGCUUGUAAUGCUGCAGUGAACUGGUCCUUUAUUAUUCAUGUCAGUAAUGAUAGUUUUGUCAUCUUAUUACUAUGUAAUAAAAUUGUAUAAUACAGUAAUUAUAAAGUAAUUACACAAGAAUAGAGCAACUUACCGUAUUGGUAUAUUACUAAUGUGUAACCUCUCCCCCAACCCCCUCUAUCUGGCUGAAGAGAUCUGGUGCUGUGCAUACUGAGUGCAGACUGCCCACAGUGCCUGACCCCCAGGCCUACCAGCUAACUGGGGCCGCUAGUUGGCUCAGUUACAACAUCACACCUGAAGAACUUAAUUUCAGGUAGAGCAGGUCAAAUGCUGGUCCUCGCAUCCACAUUGCAUUAAAAAAGACAUUCUCUGCACAUUUCUAUUUCUAUUAUUUAACCGUUAUAAAACCUAUGAAAACAGACAAUCCAAUUCUACUAUUCUCUAUCUGUGGCUUGCGUGUUCUUCUUGCUAGGCCUCACUUCUCCCUGGAGAUCAGAACCAGGUCAUCUGAGGGGCUGUUGCUCCAUGUCUCAGGGAACGGGGACAUCUCCCAAGUCGCUCUGUACAUGACCAACGGCAAGAUCAAACUCUCACUGGGGAAGGACAGAGUCAUCCACAACAAGAAGAAGAGCAACGAUGGAAGAUGGCAUACAGUAAGCUGUCUGAUAACUGUUGAGAUAUCAGGUCUUGAUAUUAGGAUAAUUAAAUGAAGUCAUAAUAAUCAUUGCUAGUUUCAGGUAAUUCUAAAUAGUGCAAAAUGUACAUUGUACCUCACAGCCACAGCUGAGAGAUUUACAAGUGUAAAGCAGUUGAUAACCGCCUGCAUGGCCUGUCUGUGUGCAGGUAAUGGUCAGUGUGGAGAAGAACACUUUCCAUCUGGUCGUGGAUGGUUUCCGUGUGCCUGAUGGUAUUCUGCCUGCAGAGGAGGGUUCCUCCUUAGCCCUGCAGAACCCGGUCUAUCUGGGCAGUGACCCUGCCUCCAAAACCUAUUGGGCUCAGGUGAGCAAGCAGACACACAGAGUUUAAUGGCGUCUAAACAAACCAGACACAACACAAUGUGAGGGUCAUGAUUGAUUGUCCUGUAGGUUUGUAUCUAGUGCAUAAUUACCGUAUUUACUAUGACAUCUAUAUUUACAUCCUGGAAAAUGUGUGCUUGGUUUUAAAAUGAUGUCCAUCUGUAUCUCUCUCAGGGUGUCUCUCUUCCCAAGAAGAGUGUGAUUGGCUGUAUACGCCAUUUCAAAGUGUACAAUGUUCUGGUUGGUGAACCAGCCGCCAAUCACGGGGUCCCGCCCUGCUUUGAUGGGGCAACAGAGACGGGGGCAUACUUUGCUGGCACAGGGCAUGUGGUCUUAGGUGUGGACUUUAUAUAGUUAUGAACUAAAAAUACUUCAAUUGUGGUGUCUUAGUUGUGAGCGUUAUUGUUUAGCUCAUCAUCUCAUUCAUCCAGUAACUCUGACAAAGAUACUUUGUGUUUUAGAUAAGUUCUUUACUGUGGGCUAUCGUUUUGAGCUGACCUUUGAGGCUCGCCCACAGAACACCACAGGCCUCCUCUUCCAUGCCAGGGGUCGUCAUAGGAACAGUCUAAAUGUGUUCAUGAGGAAAAACAAGGUGGGUCUUUUAAACCUCAUCAACAUGUAUAUGGGACGGUGGCGUUAGAUACAGUAUAAGCCUAAAGUAUAUUGAAAUGUGUGGAAAACUUCGGAAUAUAAUUUUUACUCUGAAUCUCAGGUGGAGGUCCACGUGAAUGAUGGGUCAGGUGACUACAGUGCAUCUGUGACACCUCAACAAAACCUGUGUGAUGGCACAUUCCAUGUUAUUGCAGGUACAUAUCCCUCUCACAUCAACCACUGAUUCAUCCUCAUACAGUACAGAUACAUUUAAACCGGCACAUUUUUUACAAGGACUUGGAAUGGUCCUCUAAUAGCCAGUCCAUCUACUGUAUUCCUCAGUGUCCAAACAGAACAAUGUAGUCCAUCUGAAGGUGGACUCAGAGUCUCAGCGUACGGUCGGGCCUUCCCACUCCUCCUACACAAUGACUCAGGAUUCCCUCUACAUUGGUGGCAUGUCCGGUAAAUUCAUUCAACAACACUGGGGCGGCAGGUAGAGGUUAAGAGCGUUGUGCCAGUAAACGAAAGGUUGCUGGUUCUAAUCCCCGAGCCGACUAGGUGAAAAAUCUGUCGAUGUGCCCUUGAGCAAGGCACUUAACCCUGUAAGUCGCUCUGGAUAAGAGCGUCUGCUAAAUGACUAAAAUGUACCCAUUACAUCUCAUUAAAAUAUCCUCUCUGAAUCAAAACACUUUCCAAACAUUGGUAGAGCAUGUCAAACCUUGAUGAACAGCUUCUGACAUUUCUAUAAAUACAUCAAUAUGACGUUUAUGCUUUCCCCCCUAUACAGGCACAUCAAAGCAUAAAGGAGUGCCAGUCUCUUCUUCGUUUGUUGGCUGCUUGCGGAACAUAAAGGUCAAUAAGAAGCCUGUUGUUUUUAAGACAGCCUCCAGUGUGGUCGGCCCUGUGAACGUCAAUGAAUGCCCAGCAGACUAAGGGGAGGAAAUCAAUUUGUGUUGCCCCAGAAUACCUAAUUCUUUGAACCACUGAGUUUAUCUGUCUAUGAAUCAGCGGUUAGUGGUUGUCUGUCUCCAGAUAUGUGAGUAAUAUAUAGACACUCACCUCUUCGUGUGCAAUUUAUAUCACUGGAGGGCACUGCAGUGCUCUUAUUAUUGUGUUGGUGGCUUUGCAAGUUAAUUCACACUGUUGGGGUUCAAGGCAAUGUUUUUAAAGUGUUUCAUGAAUUGAACAUUCACACCUUUUAAAUUACAGUGACAGUGACUUUGAUGUAUUCUAUGAAUUAACAGGAAAAAAUACCUUAAUCAAGAUGAGCUGGCACACAAAUGUUAUCCCUAGUGAGGCUAAAAUAUAAUUUUUAUUAUUUGGAAAACCAGGUCUCACAUUGAUCAGUACUUCCCACUGGGCACACACUGGUUG